GGAUCGUGCAGGCAUUCCGGAUCGUGUACUGACACGCGCUUGCUUCACUGAAAGCUUCCGGGAUUUCUCGAUACGCUCUAAAGUCUCGGCACAGAACGUAACAUCACUAAUAAAGGACCACACUCAAAAGAGCAAGGAUAUACCCGCUGGUCAUUUUUGUUAGUGCUUACUCAAAUGAUGCAGUUUAAUGCGCCAUUUAAUAUCAGUAAAAUGAACAAUAUUUUUAUGCUGUUUCUACUUUCACUUCCAUUUUUAACAGCUGCUUCAAAAGGCUCUCAUUCUUUGUGGUUGCUUGGAACUUACAUUAAAGGACAAACACCCUUUCCUGAAUUUAGUUUGUUGUUGAUGGUGGAUGAUGUCAGAGUUCUGUAUUAUAACGGUGACACAAAGACCUUCGUUCGAAGAGGAACUCCAACAAAUGAAGAUUCUGUGCUAGAUUCCAACCUUAUAUCUACUAUUAGUAACUACAUUCUAGGAAGUUUUGAGAAAAAAUAUUUUUGGAUUGCAUCAAGAGAAAAUUUUAAUAAAACAGAUAGUACUCAUGUCCUACAAGGUCUGGUUUUGUGUGAGCUGAACGAUGAUGCUGAACAAGGACAAAUGGUCACACGGAAUUCUUUCCAAGGCUUUACUACAGAUGAGUUGCGAUACAUUGACAACAAUUUUAGUUAUGAGUGUGGCUUAAAUGUCACAGCUGAGACUGUGAAAUGGCAUCUUGACAUCUCUAUGUGGCGCCAUGAACAUAUAUACUACCCAGCCUGCAUGAAGACUCUAAAGGGUUAUCUUGAAAAAAGAAGAAACCAAGUAAAUAGAAAAGUGAAACCUACAGUCAGACUCCUGCAUAAAGCAAAAUCAGUCUCUGGAGGGUCUAGGAUGAUUUGUCUGGCAACAGGAUUUUAUCCUCGUCACAUCGAUCUGACCCUGUUCAGAGACGGACAGCCUGUAGCUGAUCAUGAGAUCACUGGAGGAGAUCUGCUGCCCAAUGAUGACGGGACAUAUCAGAUGAAGAAGAUUUUGGAGAUCAGUGAAGAAGAACAGAGAGAGAAACACAAAUACACCUGCACUGCCACACAUGUCAGUCUAGACAACAAACUGAACAACAGUUUAGAGUUUGUUCAUGGGAAACCAUUAAAGUCAGUGAUUUCUAUUCUGACCAUUUUGGCAUUCGUUAUUGUGAUUGCGACUUUGGCUGCAGUAAUUAUAUGGAGACAACCACAUGCAGCUUCUGAAAGUAAUUAUUCAUCUGCUUCUACAUCAGAAGAACGUGUGGACACACCAUCAUAGAGUUCAUAUUUUUAUGAUGGGAAGCUACAAGAAUUAAUAACCACCUUUAAAUAAUGAUCAGUAAUCACCCUGCUGGUGAUGAAAGCAUCAACUAGUUUCUCUAAAUCUUGGUUUGAGACAAAACAUCUGAUUCUGGCUAUGUUUCUGAGAUGGUAGUAUGCGGAUUUGCUUAUUGCUUUGACAUGACUGCUGAAACUAAGGUCAGACUCUAAAAUGACACCAAGAUUUUUUACCUUACUUUGUGUCUUUAGACCUCUUAAGUCAAGGUAGCCUACUGUAGCUCACUGGUGUUCUCAUUUGUGAAUCUCUUUUUUACUGAGAUGGGUCUAUCUUCAGUGGCAGGACUGAUUGAUAUAUCAAAGAAAAUACAGAAAUGAUCAGACAGCGCCACAUCUCUAAUAAUAGUGGAUGAAAUGUUUAGGCCUUUGCUAAUGAGCAGAUCCAGAGUGUGCCCACGAUUGUGUGUGGGACCGUGCACAUGUUGGAUCAGAUCAAAAGUGUUUAAAACAUUUAAGAGUUCAUUUGCAGUGUUGUUUUCUGUCUUGUCUACAUGAAUAUUAAAAUCUCCAGCAAUAACAAAGCAGUCAAAUUUUGAGGAAAUAGCUGAUAGAAGUUCUGAAAAGUCAUCAACAAAGACUGGGGAGUAUUUGGGAGGUCUGUAAAUAAUUGUAAACAGAAUGCGUGGUGCACCUUUUAAAGCAAUACUCACGUAUUCAAAGGACAGGUAGUCACAAAGUAACACUUGCUUGCAUUGAAAGAGAUCUUUAAAUAGAGCAGCUAUUCCUCCACCUCUCCUAAUAGCUCUGCAAACAUUUAUAAAAGUAAAGUUUGGGGGGCAGAUUCAUUGAGGAUUGUAGCACUACAACUAUCAUCUAACCAAGUUUCAUUUAGAAACAUGAAGUCCAAUUUGUUACUGGUGAUGAGGUCAUUAACCAAAAAGGAUUUGUUUUUUAGUGAACGGAUGUUCAAAAGUGCUAAUUUAGUAACUGUUUUUUGUUUUUUAUCCCUGUCAUUCUCAGAGUGACGUCUAAUAGGUAGUAGAUUAGAUAGUUUUGCCAUAUGACUGGAAAGGGCCUUAGUUUUUCGCUUACUUAUCAGGACAGAUAUAAGGAAAACUAAAGGAACACUGGGUUCCCACUUGUUCUGUAAAUAUUUGAGAUUGUUGCUGUUAUCAUAGCGGGGACCCAAUUCAUAUCAGUUACCAGUUUAGUAGAUGUAUAUGAUGUAGUGGUCUUAAACCGGUGGUUCGGUGUAUCCUCACUAUCACUCCAUGAUCUUUUCUCAGUAAAUAUUGAGGUUCUCUGUUUAGAUCUGCUCUGUACCAGGAAAGCAUAACAUCGCUGCUUCUUGUAUUAUAUGUGCAGGUUAAUGUCACAAGCUCUCCUUCUUUCUUGAAUAUAUUAGUGUCCUUGUCCUGUGGACCAAUGCUGUCAGCAAAUCCACCUAAAAUAAAACUGAACACAUCAAUACAUUUAAAACAUUUUGUCAAAAGCAUCAUGUGAUCUUAUUUUAAAUAAUUUAUAGAUAUAUUAAAUGUGUUUACAGUGUAAGUGAUGUUUACCUGAUAUUGUUAUGAGAAUCACUAGAUAUCUCUCCAUCUUAUUGCAUCAGAUUGAGUUUGUUUAAUAGUUUAUGAUGACAGUCUUAUGAGGUUUUACUACAGUGUGAGUUUGUUGGAGGUUUAUACUCAUUAGUUUUAUAGAUAACUGCAGUGAAGAGAUGAUCUGCUGUUUCUGAAUAGUGUGGGUGUGGCCAGUGACAUCAGAACCCAAACACUUUCAUCAUUGACCGUAUCCUGAUUCACAGAUUUUGUGGGAAAUGUCAGUUAUACGUUGUGUAAAGAUACACAUGUAAAGAAUC